AUGCACGCCCAGGGGCUGCUGGGGCUGGUGGUUCUGCUGGCCACCUCGCUGCCCUGCCUGUUGCCAGUUGUGCUGCCGGCGACCCCCCUGGCCCUGCGGAGCGGUUUGGGUAGUCCUUCCUCGUGCCGGCUGUCCCAGACUGAGUCAGAGCUCAGGUGCCGUGUCCCAGGGGGAAAACUGUGCAGUGACAGAGGCAGAUGCGACUGUGGAGUCUGCAUCUGCCAAGUGACUGAGUCCGGCAAAUACUAUGGUCCACUGUGUGAGUGCCAUGACUGGGUGUGUGAGAGCUAUGAUGGGAAGACCUGCGCAGGCCAUGGGAAGUGUGACUGUGGGAAGUGCAAAUGUGAUGAAGGCUGGUAUGGUGAAGCUUGUCAGUAUCCAACCACUUGCAAUCUUACACGGAAGAAAAGCAAUGAAAUGUGCAAGAAUUCUCAAGAUAUCAUCUGUUCUGGUGCAGGCACAUGUCAGUGUGGCAGGUGUAAAUGUGUGAACUCAGAAGGGAAUGAACUGGUCUAUGGUAAAUUUUGUGAAUGUGAUGACAGAGAAUGCAUAGAUGAAGAAACAGAAGAGAUUUGCACAGGCCAUGGAAAGUGUUACUGUGGAAACUGUUACUGUGAGGCUGGUUGGCAUGGAGAUAAAUGUGAAUUCCAGUGCGACAUCACCCCUUGGGAGAUCAAGAAAAGAUGCACAUCUCCAGAUGGCAAAAUCUGCAGCAACAGAGGCACAUGUGUAUGUGGUGAAUGCACAUGUCAUGAUGUGGACCCAACUGGUGACUGGGGAGAUAUUCAUGGAGAUACUUGUGAGUGUGAUGAAAGAAACUGCAAAGCAGUAUAUGAUAGAUAUUCCGAUGACUUCUGCUCAGGUCAUGGACAAUGUAAUUGUGGAAGGUGUGACUGUAAAGAAGGAUGGACUGGGAAGAAGUGUGAACAUCCACGUUCCUGUCCUUUGUCAACUGAGGAAAGCGCUAAGAAAUGCCAAGGAAAUUCUAACUUGCUUUGUUCUGGAAGAGGGAAAUGUGAAUGUGGCCACUGCACUUGUUUCCCUCCAGGAGACAACAGAGUUCAUGGUAAAAACUGUGAAUGUGAUGAUCGACAAUGUGAAAAUUUGGAUGGCAACGUCUGUGGGGGCCACGGUAUCUGCUCUUGCGGUCGAUGCGUUUGCGAGGAUGGGUGGUUUGGAAAGUUGUGCCAACAUUCAAGAAAAUGCAACAUGACGGAGGAGGAAAGCAGAAGUCUUUGCGAAUCUGCAGAUGGCAUAUUAUGCUCAGGGAAGGGUUCCUGCCACUGUGGAAAGUGCAUCUGUUCACCACAGGAAUGGUACAUUUCGGGUGAUUUCUGUGAAUGCGAUGACAGAGACUGUGACAAACAUGACGGUCUCAUUUGCACAGGCAAUGGUGUUUGUAGCUGCGGAAACUGUGAGUGCUGGGAAGGAUGGAAUGGAAAUGCUUGUGAAAUCUGGCUGGGGACAGAAUACCCUUAACAAAGGACACUGAAGACUGGAAAUUUUGUUUGAUUUUUUUUCUUUAGGCUGCUAGGACAUUUAAUUUCAGAAAUACUCUGUGUGCGUGUGUGUGUUUGUGUGUGUGUGUGUGUGCGCGCAUGCGCAUGUGCAUAUAUGUAUGCAAAUACUCUAUAACAGUCAUUGGAAGGCCAGCUCCUUAAGAAGUGCAUGACAAAACUAAAAAUGAUUUCACUUGGGAACAGGACAAUCCAAACCCCAAAAGCUGAAAUUUUAGAAUAUGGGCCCUGUGGAUGUUAUCCAUACUUUUUUCACUGACUUCAGUGGGCUCAGAUUACAUCCUUAAUGUCUAUUUCUUAAGCAAUCUAGAAAAAAGAGGCAAAAGAAAGCCUUUUUUAAAUGUUAUUUACUUGGUUGUUUGUUCUCCACAUCAGUAUGUAACGGUAGAAGAGUAGAGCUAGUUUAAUAUUUGUCAAUCCUUUUGAUCAAUUUUAUGGUGUUUGGCAAGUAGUUGUUUGACCACUUUUCUUUCUAAUAAUCCUGACUCUGCCCCAGCUCCAAAAUCAAUAGAAGUUGCAAAAAGCUGAUCAAAACUUUAAUGAUUCUUUUUUUCCUCAAAGAAUUGUAUUUGUAUAGCUGCGAUCCAUUUACCUAACAACCACAGACUGAGGUCCCAAUGUUUUUUUGAACAGACCCUUGUCCACAAGAGAACCUUUUAAUAUCCAUGUUUAAAGUGUCAAUAAGUUAGAUAUCUGUUCUACAUGCUAUAAUAUUUUCAAAUGCAUAACCUAUAGGAGUAUAAUGAACGAUACUAAUAAAGAUAAAAAUGUAUGAUUUGCUAUUCUGAAUAUGUACUACUCAUGUACUUUUAUCAUACUAUUUUAUGU